UCUUUGGACAGUGUUGCAUCUCUAGAGCUUUUCUGUUUGGCAGUGGUUUAUUGUGGGUGGCAGGAAUCAAAAAUCAGACGAUGAAGGCCUUGGUGGUCCUGGGUGUACUGGUGGCUGCUGUGUAUCAGGUGAGCGGCAGCAGCCAGAUAAAGAAGAGCGAUCUGAACCCGUCAGUGCUGCAUCCAUGGAGACACAUGAGUUUAGGUGUGCAGAUCAGAGUGAAAAGAGACUGGAUCAUUCCACCAAUCAGAGUCCUAGAAAACAGCAAACAGAUCCCUGAAGAUCUGGUCCAGAUUAAAUCAGACAAGAUUUUCACCGGGGAGGUGAUAUACAAGCUGGAGGGACCCGGAGUUGACCAGGACCCCAAAGGCCUCUUUGAAAUAGACGAUAAAACAGGAUGGAUCAAGAGCAAAAUGCCGCUCGACAGGGAAAAACACAGAAGUUUCAAGCUCAAAGCCUUUGCACUCUCGCCAAGCGGAGAGAGACUGGAGAGUCCAACCACCAUUGAGAUCUAUGUUCUAGAUCAGAACGACCACAGGCCUGAAUUUACACAGAAAGAGUUCAUCGGCACUAUCCCAGAAUUCUCUAUUCCGGGUACGUCAGUGAUGCAGGUGACGGCAAUAGAUGCUGAUGAUCCAAUGACAGACAACGCAGCUCUGAGCUACUCCAUCACUAGACAAGAAAGUGUCCCGCCUCACAGCGUCAACAAAACCAUGUUUGGAAUCAACAACAAGACUGGAGUCGUCUACAUACGAGACGUGGGCCUGGACAGAGAUGUGGUGCAGUCUUUCAGGCUAACUCUGCAGGUGGCUGACAUGUCUGGCAUGGGACUUAGCGCCGUCGGUCGAGCCAUCAUUCACAUUUCUGACAUUAACAACCAUGCUCCCAAAUUCCAGCCUAACGUGUAUAACAUGUAUGCAAUGGAGAACAAGGAGAUUGCGGAGGUGGGCCGGGUCAAUGCGACGGAUAAGGACCAGAGAGGUGGAGACAACUGGAGAAUUAAAUACAGCAUCAUAAACGGAGAUCGCUCAGGACACUUUGCCAUCCGCACAGAUCCAGUCUCCAACCAAGGCAUCAUUUCUGUGGUUAAGCCGCUGGACUAUGAGUCUCAGGCAGAGUAUCGGCUCACUGUGACAGCAGAGAAUGAAAUCAGCCUGAAAGCUUCAUAUGAACAUGUACACGGUGCCACAGUCACUGUCAGAGUGCUGAAUGAAAACGAGGCCCCAAUCUUCUACACAAACCCCAUUAAAGUGACUGCGGCCGAGUCCAUUGUCCCCGGUACAGUGCUGAUCUCUGAUAUCGCCCAUGAUCCAGAUAAUGCCAAGUUAAGGUUUGAAAUCAUUCAGGAUCCUGAGAGUUGGCUUGUUAUUAACGCCGCAUCUGGACAGAUCUCAGCCAGAAGAGCCUUCAAUAUCCGCUCCCCCCAUGUGAGGAACAACAUUUACUCUGCCGUUGUAAAGGUCAAGGACCAGGAUGCUGAUGGCAUUUCUGCAACAGCCACACUGGAGAUCACUCUAUGGGAGACCAACGAUUACCCACCAGUGCUGGUACCCUUGAGUGGGACUGUGUGCAGUGACCGGGACAGAGAUAAACUGGGUCUGCUGCUGAGUGCUGUGGAUAAGGACAUGUCUCCUCAAGCUGACCCCUUCACCUUUGACAUCACUGACCAAAACGUCGCUGCCAACUGGACCAUCAUAACUCUGAAUGAGACCCAUGCCGUUCUGCAGCCACUGAUAGACAUAGAGGGUGGGGAAUUCUCCAUUCCCGUGGUCGUGUCCGACUCUGGUUCUCCUUCCCUCUCCUCUUAUGCUCUGGUCAAUGUGACCGUGUGUCACUGUGACAGAUUUGGAGACUGCAAGAGCUUCACGGCAGCCAUUUUUGGAACCAAAAUGGGCAUCAGUUUCAUUGCUCUCAUGAUUAUUAUGGGAUGCAUCACUCUUCUGUUGUUGCUGCUUCUGCUGGCGGUGGCGGUGAGGGGGUGCACGAGACACAACAUUAAGAAAGACAGAGGUCUGCUGGUCGGUGCAUCUGAUGAUGAUAUACGAGACAACGUCUUUCACUACGAUGAGCAGGGAGGUGGAGAAGAGGAUGAGGAUGCAUUUAAUAUAGAUUUCCUGAGGAACCCAAGUGAUAUUCUCCCUGCACCCGUCUCAUUCUUCCCACAAGACUGUAAUGUGCUCAGAGGAAAACAACCACUCCGGAAAGAUACUCCUCAUAACCUGCCCUCUCCUAAAUAUCCGCGCAAACCCCCCGGAGACCCAACUGACAUCGAAGAUUUCAUCAAUAUUGGCCUGGAUGCUGCAGACAAUGACCCGAACGUCCCACCGUACGACACGGCUCUGAUCUACGACUACGAGGGCGAUGGGUCUGUAGCAGGCAGCCUGAGCUCCAUUGCUUCCAUGGGCUCAGAUGGUGACCAGGACUAUGACUACCUCAAUGACUGGGGGCCACGAUUCAAAAAACUGGCAAACAUGUACGACCCACGUUAAAUGCCGAAGCGAUUCACUCAUUUAAAAAAAACAAGACUUUCAGAUUUUCUCAUGCAUGCAUGUCCUCCAAACUUCCAUGCAAGCACGGUUGCAAAAUGUUUCAUCGUCCGGCGCUUUAUUUUUUCCGUCAUUAAAAUACUGUCACUUAUGCCAACUUAAUAUGCAGAGGCAAUUAUAAGAAAGCCAACUGUUGGUUGAUUUCCUCAGAAAAGUGUAAAUAGUCUGGCUCUGUGGUACCAUCUCAAGCAACUAGGCCAACACAGGUCAACCAGUAGUGUGAGUCUGGGGCGGGAAAAUCUGUUUGGCCGAACAAUGUCAGAUCAGGCGAGUGUUCGGGAAACCUGUUUGAAAACAAUAAUUCAUUUUGCAAUUCUGUUUGGUAGUGCUAGUGGCGCAGAAAUUGCACUCUUCAGCUUUAAAGGUCAAGAGAAACUGCACACAUUAUUUCUUGUCCUUCAUGGAUCAGUGAGCUUAUUCAACAUGUUGAUGUGACAGGUGCUCGGUGUGGGCCAGUGUGCAAAUGGAUGUAAUGUAAAGCACCAACUGGAGGGAGGAACAGUGUCAGUGCAUACUGAUUAGACAUGAUUAUCAAACACAUGCCAUGUUCUUGAGGGACUAUUUUAGCUGAUGUCCAACACAGAGAGUAAAAGAAUAGUUCAUCCUCAUUAACUCACCCUCAUGUUGUAACAAACCCAACUUUCUUUCUCUCAAGUAAAUCAAAAGAAUUGUCAUUAUUUCUGAGCUGCUCUCUUCCAUUGAAAAGCAUUGUGUGAACAGGGGAUCCCCUCAAAAAUAAAAAAAGCACAAUAGAAACAGACCAAAUAUUGUUGUUCAGUGUGACGUCAAAUGUGGUGCGCCAGCCAGGUGACACCAACAGCACUGGUUCUUUUGUAUCUUGUUACCAGUCAUGACACCAUGUUUGAAUAUGCAGCGUGAAAUUGUACAUAAGUGAUGCUUAUUGGUAACUGACCUGAAAUGUUUUGCUGUUGUAUGUUUACCAUUUAAUGUCUAAAUGAUUUACCAUCUAAUGAUGACCUGUGCAGCAUUUACUUGUUUAUUGCUACCAAAAUUAACUUUUUUUAGGAUUUGGAUUACUGGUCUUUUAUAUUGUUAGUCUUUUUCUAGGGUUAUCUACACGUUACUUAACUUCAUUUAUUAAAAUGUAACCAUUUUUGUGGGCCUGGGUAGCUGAUUACCACCCCUGCAGUCGCGAGUUUGAAUCCAGGGCGUUCUGAGUGACUCCAGCCAGGUCUCCUAAGCAACCAAAUUUGCCCGGUUGCUCGGGAGGGUAGAGUCACAUGGGGUAACCUCGCUCUCAACGGGGCACGUGGUAUGUUGUGCGUGGAUCGCGGAGUAGCAUGAGCCUCCACAUGCUGUGAGUCUCUGCGGUAACAUGGUCAACAAGCCACGCGAUAAGAUGUGCAGAUUGGCGGUCUCAGACACGGAGGACACUGAGAUUCAUCCUCCGCCACCCGGAUUGAGGUCACUAUGCCACCACGAGGACUUGGAGCGCGUUGGGAAUUGGGCAUUCCAAAUUGAGGAGAGAAAAAGGGAGGGGGAGGGGAAAAUAACUGGUAAUUUUGAGUAGAAUGUUCACAAAACAAGAAGUUUCCAAACCAUGCAAGCUCAUUUAUUAUCCAAGCCAGGUGCAUGCUAGGAACACCAGCUUUGAAAAGUAACAUUUGCUCAUUCUAUUUACCUGUGAAAUUUAUUCAAAUUAGCAAAUAAAAAUGAAAAAGUUUUCUACUUAAAGAUUGUUUCAUGACUGAGCAUUUUUAAGAUAACAAACAAUUAUGAUUAUAUAUAUUUACUUACACUGGCGGCCAAAAGUUUGGAAUAAUGUACAUGUAAUGUAAUUUGCUCUUAUGGAAAGAAAUUGGUACUUUUAUUCACCAAAGUGGCAUUCAAUUGAUCCCAAUGUAUAGUUAGGACAUUAAUGACGUGAAAAAUUACUACUAAAAUCUGAACAAAAACUACUUCAAAAAUUCUCAUCAAAAAAUCCUCCAUGUGCAGCAAUGACUGUUUUGCAGAUCCUUGUCAUUCUAGCUGUUUGUCCAGAUCCUCAGGUGACCUUUCACCCCACGCUUCCUGUAGCACUUGCCAUAGAUGUGUCUGUCUUGUCGGGCACUUCUCACGCACCUUACAGUCUAACUGAUCCCACAAAAGCUCAAUGGGAUUAAGAUCCAUAACACUCUUUUCCAAUUAUCUGUUGUCCAAUGUCUGUGUUUCUUUGCCCACUCGAACCUUUUCUUUUUGUUUUUCUGUUUCAAAAGUGUUGCAAUUCUUCCCAUAAGGCCUCCUGAGUCUUCUCUUUACUGUUGUACAUGAAACUGGUGUUGAGCGGGUAGAAUUCAAUGAAGCUGUCAGCGGAGGACAUGUGAGGCGUCUAUUUCUCAAACUAGAGACUCUGAUGUACUUAUCCUCUUGUUUAGUUGCACAUCUGGUCUUCCACAUCUCUUUCUGUCCUUGUUAGAGCCAGUUGUCCUUUGUCUUUGAAGACUGUAGUUACACCUUUGUAUGAAAUCUUUUUUUAUGGCAAUUUCAAGCAUUGUAUCAUCCUUCAUUCCUCAAAACAAUGAUUGACUGAUGAGUUUCAAGAGAAGGGGUUUCUUUUUUGCCAUGUUUGACCUAAUAUUGACCUCAAGACAUGCCAGUCUAUUGCACACUGUGCAACUCAAAAACAAACACAGACAAUGUUAAGCUUAAUUUAAUGAACCAAAUAACUUUCAACAGUGUUUGAUGUAAUGGCAAGUGAUUUAUUAGUACCAAAUGUUCAAUUUAUCAUGAUUACUCAAGGAUAAGGUGUUGGAGUGAUGGCUGCUGGAAAUGGGGCCUGUCUAGAUUUGUGCUGUUUUUUUAACAUCAGUAAUGUAACUGACUAUAUAUUGUGAUCAGCUGAAUCCCAAUUUGGUGAAUUAAAGUACCAAUUUCCUUCUGAAACAGCAAAAUCUGUACAUUACUAUAAAUUUUGGCCGCCAGUGUAUAAGCUAGAGCAUACAUCUUUGAAUUUAAAUACUAUAUUUAAAAUAAGCUUGAGCGUAUUCAAUUUAAAAAGCUAUAUUUACUUCACCACAACUUGUUUUCUCAUUGUAGAUAAUUGACUGGUUAUGCUUGUCUGUCUCCCAUUGGAUAAUUGUUUGCUUGCUCUUGCCCGUGCCCAUCGUCAGAUGAAUAUGUGGAAGUGCCAGUGAAAUCUGAGAGCUAACCUUGGGUCUGAUCCUCACACUAAAUCCUCAUAUGGCUUCAAAUGACAUGAAAUGUAGCACAUGAGUUGAAUGGUUUACUUUUAUGAUGCUUUUAAUUCCAUUUUGUACAUAUUUUAAUGGAAUGGCCACCACGAAACUUCAAAAAACACCUCAGAAUAUUUGCUGAAUAUCUUCUGUUAUGUUUCAUCCUGUUGGGAAGAAAGUAAUAUGGGGUUGGAACAACAAGAGGGUGAAUAAAUGACAGAAGGGCUCAGAAUAUGGUUGUCAGUCCCAAACACUGAUUGAGUAAAUAUAGAUCAUUUUCACUUCUAGGUCAUUUAUUGCUUGACAGUUCAGCAAUAUUCAUUUUAAGACCGAUUAACUGACUGGUUAAGUGACUUAUGACUUUUAAAAUGUGAGAUCUUCACAUAUGAAUUGUUCUAUGUUUUUGCUUUUUAUAUACGAGUUGUAUAAUGUGUAAUAUAAUUGCUUUUAGUACUUUUUGUGCUUGCUUGCAAUUGAACCUUAAGGACAUUUGCAACAUUUCAAGAGCUUUUAUGAUCAUUUUAUUAUGCAGUAUAGUAACACAGUUUGCCAACUGAAUGAUGCUUCAAAUGUACAUAGAUUUUUUGGUUUUACAAUACAUACAGUUUAUAAUAAAAUGUCAAAAUGUUCAUGAAUAAAGCCAAAUGAUUUAAUCUGCAUUGGCAGUUUUGGCAUUAGCUCUAUAGUGUUUACUAAGUUCAUAAUUUAGCAAUCUCCCAAAAACAUUAGUUAAGAAGUAUCCUCACUGUUUAAACAAGUUUUCAAUGUCAAAUUGUCCUAAAGACAUUUACGAUAUAAUUACAGGGACAAUGUCACAAUGAUCAGCCUAGAAGAAAACCCACACACACAUCUUGCCAUUAUGUCUCGGUCAAUCAGAUCAGGUGUAACAUCAGGUGUGGUGCAGUGGUGGCUCAGUGGUUGAGGCUCAGGGUUACUGACCAGAAGGUUGGGGGUUCAAGCCCCAGCACCACCAAGAUGCCACUGUUGGGCCCUUGAGCAAGGC